AUGAUAAUAACUAAAAAUAACAUCUAAACUAAUGAUUCAUUUUUGAAUCUCAUUCCAGAAUGCAUUAAAAAUAGACUCAAUUAAAUUUAAGAAGUCCUUUCCGCAGAGUCCCCUGAGUUGCUUUCUUAUAAAGUGACUCAUGUUGAAAGUGGUAUCAGAAUUUUCUAAAAGCAUCAAUCCCAAAACAGCUCUUCUCAUUAAAAGAGAGUAUAGUAUCCUCCACACAAUUAUUAUGCCUAGUAUCAGGUUGGACUUACUCCUGAUUAUAUUCUUUAGCAGCUCAAGGAUAUCAAUAAUUAUAAACAAUGGCUCUUGUUUACUAAGAAACAGCAGAUAUUAAACUAAAUUGAAGCCAAUUCUGAAAUCUUAACAAUGGAGGCUCAUCUUAAUGUCUAUUAAAUUAUUCCCAUAAGAACUCAGUUGAGACUAAUAACAACCACGUUUAUAGAUUAAAAAUCUAAGGAUUACGUUUUAGUAUUCAAAUUAAUGUAAAAAGGCUGCAAAGAUCUUGAGGACUUGUUGAUAUUUGUUGGACUCAAUCAGAUUUACGAUAAGACUUCAAUGAAGAUUUGUGUGGAAGUUACUCCUAAGUAAGGAAAAUUUUACAAUUAACUUGCCAAUAAUAUAUCACUUGAGUUCAUCAAAGCCCUUAAUAAUUUUAAAACUUAUGCCAAGCAAAAAUAUGUGAUAGAAUUUCAACUGUACUAAUUCUAACCGUUUGAUUAUGAAUAGUAUAAAAAGAGUUAGUAGAAAUAAUAGACUGAUUAAAUUAAUGAGAGCAAUAUUAGUAUUGGACAAUAGAAAUAAAGGACAUAAUAUUAAGAUUGGAGGUAAUAAUAGAUGUCAACUAACAAAAAUCUAAAUAAUGACUCAUAAUAAUAACUUUAAUAGUCUCCAGCAGGUAAUAGCGCUUAGAAAUAAGUAAAAUCUAGAUAGAGUGAAUUUGGAAGUUUACUUCAAAUACAAAAUUAAUAAACUUUUGGUCAACAGUAGCUAACCAUGCCAACUGGAUAGAGAGCAAGCUAAUUCUAAAUAUAAAACGAUCCAAAUCAAGGACUCUUUGAAAUUCAAGAUAAUGAUGAUAACAAUAAUUAGAUAUUUGAAGAGAUAAAGGCACCCUAAGGUUACCAAAGGGAAAAUCUAGAGUAUUGCUCCUCAGAAGAAUGCAAAUUUAAUGGGUAGUGGUCAAAAUGGUGUUUGGAGAGAUGCGAUGAGGAAUAGAAAAAAUGUUACUACUAAUUAAGAUAAAGAAUCGAUGAGGCAGGACUUUAGUAUUUAUCUUUGAAUCACGUUGUACGCUAUGUUAAGUCUUUCAAUUGGAAUGUUGAUGAAGCAUACGAUAGGCUGGUUUAGACUGAAAAAUGGAGGGUAGAUAACCAACUUAUGGAGGUUGAUCCAAAUGAUAUUCCAGCUGAGCUAGGGAUGAGGCUCGUAAAUCUGUAUGGCUUUGAUUUUGUAGGUAGACCCUUAAUCUUCCUAAGAGGAAGAUAGUUUGACCCAUCAAAGAUGAAAAAGAAUGUGGACUAGUAUGUGAUGAUCUUUGACUUGAAUAAUGUGGGCUAUAGCAACUUUGAUCUUAAGCAGAUCUCAAAGAUGGCACCAAUUCUAUCAGUCACUAAGGCCAAGUUUAAGUUCUUGGGUAAAAAUUAUCUUGAGGAAUUAUCAAAAGUCAUGGAUAUUAAGUAUAUACCUAAAGAGUAUGGUGGUUAGGGUCCAGCUUUAGACGAUCUCCCUCUGAUGUGA